GACCACUGAUGGCUGGAGUUCACGAGCAACAGAGUCCUACAUUACGAUUACUUCCACCCAUAUUGACAAAGAUUGGAAUUUUUGUAAUUUUGUUUAGCAAACCAGGAUGAUGCCAGAAUCCCAUACAGGAGAAAAUGUUGCAGAGGUUCUGAGAAAUGCUGUGAAGGAAUGGAAUCUGCCCACUUCUUAUGGAUUUCCACCAGUGGUGUCUGAUAAUGCUGCUAAUAUGAUGAAAGCCGGUGAACUCCUUGGAAACAUUCAUGUUAAUUGUUUUGCUCAUACAUUAAAUUUAGCUCGUCAAAAAUGCCUUGCGGUUAAAGGACUGGAAAAUAUUCUUCCCAAAAUCAGAAAAAUUGUUGCCUUUUUUCAUAGAAGCAACAUUGCAGCAGCUUUGCUAAAGAAUACAGCUGAAUCUUUGUCACUACCUCAACACAAAUUAAUAAUGGAUGUCCGCACGAGAUUGAACAGUGCCUAUGAUAUGAUCUCACGAUUUCUUGAAAUGCAGGUAGCAAUAUUUGCUACCUUGAAAUCAAAGGAGUUAGGAAAAGAAAGAGAAUCUGAAUUGAAGUCUUUCCAUGAUGAUGACUUUUCUGUGGCAGAGGAGGUGAUCCAGCUGUUAAAGCCAUUUAAGGACAAAACAACACUCUUGUGUUCAGAAAAAUCCCCCACUUUGUCCAUUAUCUUGCCACUCCACAAUAAACUUCUGGACAAGCUUUGUGAACAAAAUGAUGAUACUCCCACUGUCCGCAGUAUGAAAAAUAUUAUAUUUAAAGACUUAAAGGAAAGAUAUGCUCGCAUUGAACACACUCUACGCAUUGUUUCUGCACUGGAUCAUCGAUUCAAGAUGCUUCCAUUUUUAUCAGAAAAUGAGAGAUCAGCGGUGUACUCUGAUAUUGUUUUAGAAGUUAGAGUACAGAAUAUUAUCAAAGUGAAAAGAGAGAAAGAAAACAAAGAUGCUGAAUUAGAUGAUGUUGAAGUCAUGAGUGAGCCACUUCUGCCCUCACUAUCUUCACUUUCAGAUUCUCCGGCUGUUAGUCCUGUCGAAAAGAGAGUCAAAGCAGAAGAUUUUUCCUCUACUAGUUGUGGUGAUUGUAUGGAAUCUGUACUCCACAGUUUUUUAGGUGAUGUGUACAUUACCGAUAUUGAGCCUCCAAAAUCACCAAAUGUGAUUGCUGAGCAGCAGGUAACGGGUCAGCAGACUCUGACUUUUAAAGUUCUUGGUCAGAUGUCAUCUCUGUGUGAAAUCCUUGUCAUCAGCAUAUUUUUCCCUAUAGCUUCAUCUAACCCAUACUUCAACCAGUGA